GCGCUGAGCGUGGUUUAUAAUCUCGGAAACGCGAGAGAGUUUGGCGGAUCAUCCGGCAGUGAAUGCGGCUCUUCUUCACAAGAGAAGAAUCAGGAAGAAUCCAGCGAGAAUUCACUCGACAGCGACUUUUAGGAAGCAGACUGUAUAGUGAGCGAGGGUCUCUCCAGACGUCUGCUGCGGUCGUCUCUCCUCUGCUCGUCUCUCCUCUGCUCGUCUCUCCUCUGCUCGUCUCUCCUCUGGUCAUCUCUCCUCUCCUCUGCUCGUCUCUCCUCUGGUCGUCUCUCCUCUGCUCGUCUCUCCUCUGCUCGUCUCUCCUCUGGUCGUCUCUCCUCUGCUCGUCUCUCCUCUGCUCGUCUCUCCUCUCCUCUGGUCGUCUCUCCUCUGCUCGUCUCUCCUCAGGUCGUCUCUCCUCUGCUCGUCUCUCCUCAGGUCGUCUCUCCUCUGGUCGUCUCUCCUCAGGUCGUCUCUCCUCUGGUCGUCUCUCCUCUGGCCGUCUCUCCUCUGGUUGUCUCUCCUCUGGUCGUCUCUCCUCAGGUCGUCUCUCCUCUGGUCGUCUCUCCUCUGGUCGUCUCUCCUCUGCUCGUCUCUCCUCUGCUCGUCUCUCCUCUGCUCGUCUCUCCUCAGGUCGUCUCUCCUCAGGUCGUCUCUCCUCUGGUCGUCUCUCCUCUGGUCGUCUCUCCUCUGGUCGUCUCUCCUCUGGCCGUCUCUCCUCUGGUCGUCUCUCCUCUGGUCGUCUCUCCUCUGGUCGUCUCUCCUCUGGUCGUCUCUCCUCUGGUCGUCUCUCCUCAGGUCGUCUCUCCUCUGGUCGUCUCUCCUCAGGUCGUCUCUCCUCUGCUCGUCUCUCCUCUGGUCGUCUCUCCUCUGGUCGUCUCUCCUCUGCUCGUCUCUCCUCUGGUCGUCUCUCCUCUGCUCGUCUCUCCUCUGGUCGUCUCUCCUCUGGCCGUCUCUCCUCUGGCCGUCUCUCCUCUGGCCGUCUCUCCUCUGGCCGUCUCUCCUCUGGCCGUCUCUCCUCUGGUCGUCUCUCCUCUGGUCGUCUCUCCUCAGGUCGUCUCUCCUCUGGUCGUCUCUCCUCUGGUCGUCUCUCCUCUGGUCGUCUCUCCUCUGGUCGUCUCUCCUCAGCUCGUCUCUCCUCUGGUUGUCUCUCCUCAGGUCGUCUCUCCUCUGGUCGUCUCUCCUCAGGUCGUCUGAUGAUGGCGGCGUCUGCUGGAAACAGCAGCGUUCUGGAGGAGGAGCUGACGUGUCCCGUGUGUCUGGAUCUUUACCGUGAUCCACACCUGCUGCCCUGCGGUCAUAACUUCUGCCUGCCCUGUCUGCGCAGACUCAAGAGCCGCUCGGACCGCGGCCGUCUGCGAUGUCCCGAGUGUCGACAGAGUCACCGCAGCUCCUCCAACUGGCAGAAGAACUUCAAGCUGGCCAACAUCGCUGACGGUUUCCGGCGUGGAGACCGAUCCGAGCGCUGCCCCCCGAGCCGGAGCGACCAGGUUCACUGUGAUUACUGUCCCGAGGACGCCAGCCGAGACGCCAAGGGUCCAGCCGCGGUUAAAACCUGCCUGAAGUGUGAAGUGUCCAUGUGCUCUCAGCACGUCCAGCCUCAUCUGGAGCUGCCGGCGUUCAGAGAGCAUCCGCUGGUGGAGCCGCUCGGAGACAUGAGGACGAGGAAGUGUUCGGAGCACGACGAGAUGUUUCGCUACUACUGUCUGGAUGAGCGCUUGUUCCUCUGCAACGCCUGCACCAUCGAGGGAACGCACUCGGGACACGCCAUCAAAACACUGAAGAACGCCAUGAAGGAUUUCAAGGCCUGUCUUGACAUUCAGCUGCACAAGACCAACAGAAAGAUCCUCAAAGCAGAAAAAAAUCGACUGGAACAAAAAGAGAUUGAACGACAAAACAAGGCCUACCGCGACGACACCAACCAACACCUGGAUGCUUUCAGAGAGACGUCUGUUGCACGCCUGGAUGCUUUUCUGUCCUCGCUGCGUGACUGUAUCAGCUCUCGUGACGGGGAGCAGUGUUCGGGAAUCCAGCAGAACCUGAGUCGAAUAGCACAGGAUCAAAGCCGUCUGCAGGACGUUCACUCGGGCGUCCAGAGGCUUCUACAGGAGAGCGACGCUUUCCACUUCAUCAAGGAAUACAAUUCAUCUAUAAAAAGGUACCGGCGGCUGCUGAGAAAGCCUCUGUUUGUUCCUGAUGAGGUCACAGUGGACACAGAGCCGCUGUUUGAGACACUGGAAGGAAAGAUGUGUGAGUUCAUGGCUGAAUUGCGGCAGGACGCCCACACACUCCUCAGCAGCAUCUGUGAAAUAGAGGGAGGAGAUGCUGAGGAGGAGGAGGAUGAAGAUGAUGAUGAAGAGAGUUGUGAUGAUGAAGAUGAGGAGGAGGAGAGUGAGGAGGAGAUGAGGAGUGAGGAAGAAGAGGAGCAGCAGGACCUCACUGACUCUGGAGAUGAAGAGUAUUCACCGGAGGAGGAAGAGGAUGAGGAAGACUAGCAGAAGAUAAUCUGCUCUUGAGUUUGUUGAUCUGAGGGAGAACGUGAUCUCAGAUGCGCUGAAGAGUGUGUGAGAGUCUGCUCUCAGUCCUGAGAGAAACAAGUGUGAAACAGAAUAAUAUUAAAUUAAUUAAUCAAAGAGAAAUCCAGUCAGGUAUGUUUAAAAGCUCAGGGCACAUGAGAUGGGCUCCUUCUGCACUUUUUUUUUUUUUUCAAGUUCCAGUAUAUUUUGCUUUUUCUUUCAUCAAGAUGGUGGAGUGUGGAUAUAAUAAUUAAAAUGUAAGAAAUUGUGUUUGAAAAUGUAUAAUAAAAUAUAGUUUCAAAACUUAAAAA